CCAAUUGGAGGGGGCGGUGCGCGGACUUUGAAUAUUUUAAAAAAUUCGUUGAGCGUGGAAGGUUGGAGUCGUGUUGGGAGUUUGUUUUAUGUUCUUAUCAUCAUCAAAAACAUCAGCAGCAGUAGCAGCAGUAGUGGCAGCAACUCCCGGACUUAACAAUGAGCACCAACGACAGCAGUAACAUGCUGAAGCAAGGCUUACAAGAGUAUGUGAUGAAUGCCCUGAACCGGCUGCAAGCCGUGUGGGAGGACCUCGGCAUCGUGGAGGUCCAGCGGGAGGAGAGAAUAAAGAAGGCCAAGGACCUAGUGGAGCAAUUGAUGGAGCAAAUGAUUGCAGAAGAAGAGGACUUAAGGGAAAGUGUAGAGGAGAGGAUUCAUGAGCAUAUGAGCAACAUUCAAGAACUCUGCAAAGAGCUGACUUUGCCAGCAUAUGAGCUGAUGGAGGAGUACCUUGUGCUGCAGCUUGAGAGCCACUUGCGGCAGAAAUUGCAGCAGCUGAGAGCGAAGAAGGCGGAGCGGCUUUCUGUGCUGCAGGAGCUUGAGCAUCAGCAGGCUAUGCUGACCAAGGCCCUGUGCGUAUCCUCUCACCCCAAGCCAGCCGGGUCCGUGCCCACGGAAGACGAACUCAAUACUCUACGUCAUUACGUUGAUGGCCUGGAGCUGCAAAAGAACAGUAACUACAAGGUGUUUGUGGCCUACAAGGAGCAGAUUGAAGCGUACUUUCAAAUUCUAGGUGUUGGCCCUGAAACGGAGUUUGAGAGGGAGGUGAUUUUCAACAAUGAGAAGUUGUGUCUCUCAGAUGACAGACUUUUGAAAGUUGAAGAGCUUCUCAAAGAGGUGGUGGUCAGUUUAAAAAAAGAAAAAUCUGAGGCAACGUGCCAAAGGCUACGCUCGGAAUUGGAAGCAAUGUGGAAUCUUUUGCAGGUGCCUGAAAAUGAGCGAAACGAGUUUGCUGCAAAAACGCAGAGCUACCAAAAAUCAGUGGAGGAAGCUCUGACUUCCGAAUUGAAGAGACUAGCACAGGUGAGGAAAGACAACAUAAAGUGGCUAAUUAUACCUGUCCGGAAUGAAAUUGAGGACUACUGGGGGAAGUCGUACUAUGGGCAAGAGCAGAGAAUGGCAUUUUCCCCAUUCUAUAAUGAUGAAUACACUGAAGACUUACUUGUGGAGCACGAGAGAGAGUUGGAGCGCAUGAAGGGCUAUUAUGAUCAGUACUGUAAACUUUUCUCCCACGUUGCAAAAUGGCAACAAAGCUGGAAGAUGUUUCUAGAGUUUGAGCGAAAAGCAGCAGAUCCAAAUCGAUUUGCUAACCGUGGAGGGAAUCUACUUAAAGAAGAGAAGGAAAGAGCUAAACUGCAGAAAAUGCUUCCCAAGCUGGAGGAGGAGCUGGCAAUGCAAAUUGGGGAAUGGGAGGAAGCCCAGGGCUGCAAGUUUCUCGUUGACGGAUGCAACUUUCUGGCAUACAUCUCCAUGCAGCAUGAGAGGAACAAAGAGCGAGAGAAGCAGGAGAGGCAAUUGAGGAAAGACAAAUCGGAAGAUGUAAACAACACGACAAGAACUGCACAGAAACGACCAUUUAUUGGCACCCCUCUUGUCAGCAAAAUCAGAAAGUUGAACCCAACUCCAACUGGAACAACACCAACCCUUGCUGACCCCACUGCUCGCAAGCCUUAUUUGUCUGCCACAAGGGCCCAAGCCAAACCACGGCUUGGAUCGCAGUCUCAACGCCCCUUGCAGAAAGAUCAAAAUAAAGAGAACGCCAUCGCACCAUGAUGGUCACCAGAAUCCCACCUGGACUUUGCCUCCAGUGUCACCCUGGAUGCUCUUGCCAAUAGGUCCAGCCAGCUCUGCCUGCUCUUGUGACGUUUUUAUACGGCUUUUUACGCUUCAAAAAAGGAUUACUUACCAUAUUCUAUACCACAAACUUGCAUAGUUAAGGAGCACUUAUUUACAAUUGUGCUUCUUGCAUUUUUAUACAAUAAUAAUAUACACGUGUAGAUUGGUAAAUGUGUAAUGUUUUGACUAUUAUUGGGAAAGAGGAGUUUGCUAACCACCUAUUUGUAAUGGUUUAUCAACGUGUUACAAAUCAACCUCCGGUUCUGUACUAUUUUUGGACUUGAGAUCUUCAAACAUGUAUUAUGAACAGUUUAUAUAUGAUUUUAAAAUGUAUGAAAAAGUACGCCAUUUCUACAUAGUAAUUUUUUUUCAUGUUUAAAAUGAAUUGUUCUGCCAUUAUGCAAUUAAAGGGACUAUGUUUGUUUGUAGUGUGGAUUUUUACUUGUAUUUAGUGGUUUCAAACACCAGAGGGACCCCUCGCACAAGUGUCUCUGUUGUACUGUAAAGCAAAAAUGAAUGUACGUCAUUCUUGCAAAGCUUUUUUUUAACUUAAAAUUAAACAUUCUCAUCAACUACAAUCUACCACACCGCUGUAUUUAUAAUGUUACACAUUGUUACGGUAAACAAAGUUAUUUUUUUAUAUUGGAGUGUGAACCUAGGCUUUGUGAAACUUUAAGACAGGACAUGCCAAGACUUAAAAUACUGUUACCUGCUGUUGUAUAGUCUUUUUAAAUAUGUAUAUCACUGCACAUUAAAUGUUGGCUUGUAUCAUUUAUAAGUCUCAUGCAAUAACUCUUAAGUGCAUUAUGCAGUAAUUAAACAUUUAUGCAUUAAUUUGACAUCACAAGGUGAUGUAUGUGCAGUUAAAAUUUAAUUGGAAUUGGCUGCCAUUUAAUAUAUGUUGGUAAAAAAAAUUCUACAGCAUCACUUAACUUGAUUAGGGAGCAUCCUGGUUGAAAUUCGAGUAACGCAGUGCUGCACAUGAGAUAAAUUAUUCAAUUAAGCCCAUGCGCUGGUGUACUUAAUGAUACAAUGACCAUUGAGCAGCGUUGGCAAAGAAAAGUAGAAUUGUUUUUAAAACGAAUAUGCAAGUUAUCAACAAUUAGUUUGGGAAUGAGUGCUUUUUAGCUGGUUAAUAAUAAAACAUCUUUAACAUACCGUAAAUGUUACAUGAGCAAACAGGAUUUUGUUUUAUUUUUGAGUAAAUAUACUUUUGCAAGUGCCCUCUUUUCUAGCACGUCUUGCAUUGUCUUCAGCGUUACGGUUUACAGCUCCGCGCGCGUUCAUUUUAACUUAAUAUCACUGAAUACUUCGUAUCCAUGGUGCAGAUUAUUCUGUGGGUGAAAAUAAAGUUUGAAGCUGUGGAA